UAUUAUUCAUUAACGUAAUAGACAAAAUCAAACCACACUGCUGUUUCAUUCAUACUAUCUCCAUUUCGAAUUCAGUGUUGAAAUCAAUUCAACUCUGAAUCUGAACCUUCGCAUAUUAUAUCAUAUAAUGUCAGGGGAAGCGUCUAAGCGCCACCAAUGGCAAUGGGAGAACGCCACUGCCGGCGCCGCUGCUGGAUUCGCCACCGUCGCCGUUAUGCAUCCCCUUGAUGUUGUUCGAACUAGGUUCCAAGUUAACGAUGGUCGAGUCGCGCAUCUUCCCAGUUACAAGAACACUGCCCACGCCAUUUACACCAUUGCUCGCUACGAGGGAUUAAGAGGCUUAUAUGCUGGCUUUCUUCCUGGGGUUCUUGGGUCUACAAUUUCGUGGGGUUUAUAUUUCUUUUUCUAUGACAAAGCCAAACAAAGAUAUGCAAGGAACCGGGAGGGUAAGUUGAGCCCAGGUCUUCAUCUUGCCUCAGCUGCUGAAGCAGGAGGUUUGGUUUCCUUGUGCACAAAUCCUGUCUGGCUAGUAAAAACGAGAUUGCAGCUUCAAACUCCACUUCAUCAGACACGUCCAUACUCUGGGAUUUAUGAUGCAUUUAAAAUCAUAAUGAGGGAGGAAGGAUUUAGUGGACUUUACAGAGGGAUUGUCCCUGGUCUAUUUCUGGUUUCUCAUGGUGCUAUUCAGUUCACAGCAUAUGAAGAACUACGUAAAGUUAUUGUUGAUUUUAAGAGUAAGAGAAGUACAGUACAUAAUCAAAACCCAGAUAAAUUGCUGAAUUCUGUUGAUUAUGCUGUUCUGGGAGCAACAUCAAAACUUGCUGCGAUACUGCUAACCUAUCCAUUUCAGGUUAUGCGUGCCCGAUUGCAGCAACGGCCUAGUGGUGAUGGUGUUCCAAGAUAUAUGGACACUUGGCAUGUUGUGAAAGAAACUGCACGAUUUGAAGGUAUCCGAGGUUAUUACAGAGGAAUUACCGCAAACCUGUUGAAGAAUGCUCCUGCUUCUUCAAUAACAUUUAUUGUGUAUGAAAAUGUUCUAAAAUUGCUUAAACCGACUAUAAGGAAUGAUUGAGAGUAUUUCAUUUUCCUUCAUGUUUUUUUUCC